GCCGCAUUGCCCUGAACAAAGAUGGCCGCCCGCUCCCUCCCCGCCGAGCCGUAGCCGGUCCGGUCCCGGGAGCGGCGUGAGGCGCGGCUGCCGUGUCCCCAGCCCGGCCGGAGGGGCUGUGCGCGCUCCCGCCGCUGCAUGGCCCAGGCUACCGGCUCCGCGCGCCGCCCCCAGGCCGGGAGGGGCGAGGCGAGCGGCGCGGGGGCAGCCAGAGCGCGGUGGCGGCUGCUGGGACAGGUUCUGAAGAAAAAGCACUUGAAAGAUGUGCAUCUACAACAAGUGUCUGUAAGAAGGUUCGCAUCGUUCAAUCUCUUUUCUAUAGAAGACCAGAACACAGAAGAGCCAACUGGGACCUGGGUUCAGUAUAAAAGCAUCUUUUAUCCUGAAUAUAGUGUGUCCUUAAGAUUUCUUAAUGGACUCUUAAAUGUUAAAGAUGUUCUUACAAGUUUUGACAACACGGGGAAUGUCUGUCUCUGGCCAUCUGAAGAGGUGCUGGCUUACUACUGCCUAAAGCACAAUGAAAUGUUCAGGGACCUUGCUGUGUGUGAGCUAGGGGGUGGCAUGACAUGCUUGGCUGGGCUCAUGGUUGCUAUUUCUGCAGAUGUCAAAGAAGUUCUGUUAACUGAUGGAAAUGAAAAGGCCAUCAAAAAUGUAAGCGACAUCAUCUCGAGAAACCAAAAUGCAGGAGUAUUUAAGGCUCAGAAAGUGUCAAGCUGCAUUUUACGAUGGGAUAAUGAGACAGAUGUCUCUCAACUGGAAGGACAUUUUGACAUUGUUAUGUGUGCUGACUGCCUGUUUCUGGACCGGUACAGAGCUAGCCUUGUUGAUGCAAUAAAGAGAUUACUCCAACCCAGUGGAAAAGCAAUGGUAUUUGCUCCACUCCGAGGGAAUACUUUAAACCAGUUUUGCAAUCUAGCUGAAAAAGCUGGUUUCUCUAUCCAAAGACAUGAAAAUUAUGAUGAACACAUUUCGAACUUCCACUCCAAGUUGAAAAACGAAGAAAAAGAUACAUAUGAGGAAAACCUCCAUUACCCUUUUCUUCUCAUUUUAACCAAACACAGAUAGAAGAUGACAUUUUUUUUUUGUUUUAAGGUGGACUACUGAAAAUCAGUCUGUGUGUGUGGAUAGUCAGGAAGUGGAUAGGGUUCAGUUCGCCCCCCUUUGUCCCUGUGUCGUCAUGAGAGAAACAUUUAUAGCGUAAACAUGGAAGAAGAUAUUGUGUCGUGUUUCACAGUGUGUAAACAUUGAGAUACCUUUUUUGUAUGAUUUCAGAACUUAUUUUUCCUGUUGUAUUCCAGCCUAAAACCAAUGAGACUUCACAUGUAUACAUUAACAAAGGUGCAAAGGUGGCUUCCUUCUCUUGUGCCUUUAAACUUGCAUGUACCUGUAUAUCUCUUUAAAUGUUAUUUUGGGGGUGUUAUUUGAAAAUAUGUGAAUAAUGUACUUUGUGGGUUUAUGUAAGUUGUUCUAAAAUAGAAAUGCAUUAACAUUUACUUAGUAGGGAAAUAGUUGUCUUAAGAUCAUUUCAAAGUGCCCCUACUGAAUGCUCGGAUUUUUCUGCCUUUUUUUAAAAAAAAAAUUCCACUGUUGAUUUUUCUAUCCAUGACUGAAAUGUCCUCAUUUGCUUCAGCGUUGAAGGCUCUAUAUAUAUAUAUGUGUGUAUAUAUGUUUUUUUCCAGCAAGACUUUUCCUCCUGUAGAUGGAUAAGAAAUUAUGCAUCAGACAAAAGCCUCAUAAACUGACCAUUUGUCCUUUGGACACAAUAGCCUGCCCAGCCCCUCUGCUCCUCCUCUCCAAUUAUGUGUGAUUAGUCUCAGUGUGUUGUGUCAAGAAGGGGGAGUGUGCUGAGUGCUUAUUAUCUGUUUAGGUACAAGAAGAGCACAUUUAGGUUCUGACUAUGAAUGGAAAGUGAGCCUUUAUCAGGACUAAAAUCUAAAUGAUACUGUCCUAGAAAUCGCUCUUAAAAAAAAAAAGACAUCAUUUUCUGAUAAAUUCUGAGAAACACUCUAACAGCUACAGCAUUUUAUUGUGUAAUCAAACUAUCUCCCUUGAAUUAGUUUGUAUUGUGAUAUAUUGUGGCCCAAGUAUUUGAUAAACAGUUAAUGUGACUUUCCUUGUACCAGGAAAGGCAAAAAUCCUGGAAAGUAACAGGAGCAAUUUAGGUUUCUUGAACAGUUUAAUAGUCCAUUUUAAUGAGUUCUCAGAAAAAUAACAUGUAUCAUUAAAGAAUCCUGUACAGUGUCUUAUAGCCACAACACUUUUAAGACGGUGGAAAAAGAGAGAGAGGCAGAGAGCAUGGCUGAGAGAGGGAAGUACAAGAUGCAAGGAGGUGUAGAGGAAAUACAUUUAUUAAAAGACUGCAAUUCGGCAAUAAGCAUUCUUCCAUAUUUAACAAAUUGGGCAGCAUGUAAACCACAAGCUCAGGAAAGGCCCUUUCUCUUUGCUCUUCUUCUCAAACAAAUUUCUUCACUACCGGUUUGCAUGUCCUUGUAUUCAAUACUUUUUAUGCUCCAUUAGAGCACCUAGAUGGAUCUCAGAAGGCAUAGGUCAAGUCGCAGUUAGAUCAUACAUUUCUUUCUCACAAAAACUUGAAUUGCAAUGCCAAGUGAUGGGCUAACAUCACAAUAACAGCAAUUUAUUCCUCUUUUGAUAAAAAGCAGCCUAUUCUCAGUGUUAGAUAAAGAUCAGGGGCAAUGCAAACCAACCAUUUAUCCUAGAACUGAGUAGUAUGUCUCCCUUAUAGCUGGCAUGAGUUUCAUAUUCAAACUCUUGUUGGAAGAUACUUGUCUAGGAAGAAAUCAGCAGCAUUUAGGUGUAAUUUAAAAUUGCUGUGAAGGCGUCUCUAGUUCAAUUAGUUUUGUUUUGCUUGUCCCACACAGCAGUGCCUUUGUUUUCUCUAAAAACAUGUACAAGGAAAUCUUUAUAAUCAGCAAAGGAGUAUGAAAAAUAGUGAAAUACUAAAAUUUGUGAACCUUUUGGUUUUGAGGCUUGAAUGUCUGCUGUACAAUAACCUAAUAAAGAUUGCCAAAAAUAAAGCCAGUGUCACCGAAAACUGUGGGUUUAGCUCUAAGAAGAAAACAGUUUUACUCAAAUUAGUAGCUGAUAAUUGCUUUUUAUUUCUUUAGUCUCUGUCAUUUGAGUUGAAGGCUUUGCACAGGUGCUGCCAUCCCUAAAGUGUGUAAUUGAUGGCUUGUUCACCAAAGAUGCAUUUAGGCUUCCUCCUGCAAACUCAUAUUGGAGCUCCACAGGCAGUAAAGUUACUCAUCUACAUAAGUGCUUGCAGGUUUGGUCCAUGUAGAUAUUUCUAGAGGUAUAUAAGCAAGCUUUUUUCUUGGUUUUUUGUUUUGUUUUGAAAUGGGUAUUGAACACUCACAUAUGUAAGAUUUACUGUAUAAGAGGUACUAAAAAUGUUCCUUUUUACAGACAUCUCUGAGUCUCCCGUGUUAGUAAGGACUUCAUGAAUUGUUAAAUCUUAUUAAAAGCACAGUGUUUAUUAAUACAUUAAAUAACUUUGCUAAGAAAAUAUGAGGCAGUUUAUAAAAUCAUGUUUAUAUCAGAGCCUUUCAUAUGAUGUGCUUUAACUGGUCUAUGAUACCUUAUAUAUUUUUAAUGAUGCAGUUUACUGUGUUCUGUAACAGAGUACUGAGCUUAAUUACUUUGUGUUUGCAAAGCACUUUGAAGAUGAAUGACACGGUGCAAAAGCUAUGCUGUUUUCACUAGGAAUGAAAAUAUUAGGCUGAUACAAGUUUUUCUUCAUGUGUGUUGGUAGGUUUUAGAGCAAUUUUGUGUUUUCCCCUCCUUUCUCAGAGGGAAAUGGCAGAGGGAAAUGAUCUUCUUGUGGACAUCCAUUCCCUUGGGCACAGCUCUAAUGCAGCUGGUGCCACUGGCAAUGAGUUGUGAUCUUCAGAAUAUAAAAGAACAAGGGAAAAAAUAUAUUCAAUUUUCUGCUGUGAGAUCUGGCAAAGGCUGUCCUAAAAAUGACAAAAAAAAAUUAAAAAUUUCUUAAAAAUUACAAGCUAGUCCUGUCUGAUAGCAUUCUGAAACAACGUGAAAAAUCUUUCUGUUUGGGAAAUAAGUUUGAUUUGAUAUGAAAAAUCUCUUAAGAAUGUGAUAUGAGGCAGGAGAACUUACCACCCUUGGUACCAGUCCAGCUGCAAAAUCCUUAUUAGACAAGUCAUUCAAGUUUUUUACCUUUGGUUUAAUGGCUACGUGUUUGCAUGAGGAGGGAAGCAGGAUUAAAAUUGUUCCCCCAUGAAAAGCAUCUUUACAUCUUGAGCCUGGCUGCAUGGGGUUUAUCAAGUGUUAUAUCUCCAUUACAACUCUCCUUCUCUGUUCCCGGAACAAAAGAGGAUGCAGUGGGUGGAGCUUUUGAUCCACCUCUUGAUAUGGCAGGUGGCACAGCUGAUAUGGCAGGCGGAAGAGGGAAAAGGCAGCAACACAUUGCGAUUGAAACAGAGCAGGGUUUUAUUACUGUCUUUCACCCACUCUCACUAAUGCAAAAAAGGAAGCAAUCAGGUCCCUGUCUUUUCACAGGGCAAAUUAUAAAUGCAUAGUUUAGCCUGGAUUUCUUUAGGUGUGGUUUUCUUCUUUAAAUAAGGGAAGGAACAAUGAUGUCAAAUUGCAAAUUCCUUUAGCUCUUGUGAAAUGGUUUGAGAUGCUGGAGGAAGGUGCUAAGGCAGUGUGCACUGGUGUUUAUAUCUAAAACCUUUUCUGUUCAAUGUGGUCAUGCUGUGUUGUUUCCUCAGAAAGAGAGUAUUUUUUACUUUCUGUCUUUUUAUUCACUUUUUAUGUUCUCCUGAGUCAGAUUAAGACACUUUGUCAUGCCUUUGCUGUCACAAAUCAGUAGCUUAAUGUUGGUUGUAAGCACACCAGCAUCUUCUGAAAGAUGGUUUUGUUAGCAUACCGGUAUCUUUUGAAACAUGGUUUUAAAAGCUGGUUUUCAAUAUUAUUCUCCUCUGCACUGCAACAGCACUUACUUAGCCCAGCCAAAAUGAAAUCACCCUGGUGCAAAACCCCACAAAGCUAAAAGAAAACCAAUACAUGACUUAGUGAAUUUGCAGCUGAAUGUUUCAAUAAAGGGGAUGACUCCUCUAAAUCAUGCCUAUUAACCAUAGAAGGGGACCUGAGGUACACACAGUGUUGCUGUAUCCUUUGCCUAUAACCAUUUAAAAAGCAGACAGUACACUCUAGAACUGACCCCAGAUUUUGUGAGACUAAGUGCAGCAUCUCUGCAACAUCCAUCUCCCUCUCCAACCUGUGGACUCUGUUCAAACAGCUGAAUGUAGCAAACCUAACUUUUAUUUCCCAUUUUUUAAAGGGCUUAGCCUAUUAAGGCUCUUUGCUUAGUCAGCAUCUGGCUUGCUGCCAAAAAGCCCAGCAUUUUGUUGUGGCUGGGUAAAAGCUGGAUAUUUUCCAUCUCUGUCCAACAGCGGCAUUGGAUCUUCAUUGUCUUCUUGUGUGUAAAGUGUGUGUAAAGUAGAGGGAAGAUGCAUGGAGCAGUAGUCCAGAUGGCAUUCCACAGCCUGAGAAGAAACAUCUUGACCCUCGAAUCUGGGUUAAACUCAACAGAUGCCAAGCCCCCAAAAACAAAGAGCUGUCAUGGCUGACGACAGCAAAGGAGCGAUAGGCCUUCAGUAACAGAACGUAUCUUUUAUUUUGGAUGCAUUUCCCUGCAGAAACCCAACACAGUGUCACUUGUGGAAGACUGCUGAUUAAAAAGAUGUGGAAAAACAAAAGUAAUGAUUCUCUGCGUUAGGCACCUCCCGCCUUCAAUUGUAAAAUGUUGCCCCUGGGUGAUGGGUUACGCUGGCAGAAGAGGAUUUGAACGCUCGGCCUGUGUUGUGCCCUGCCAGAGCAUGCAUGCUAAAAGACCUGUUAUUUUUUCCUGACUCUGACUUCAAUUAAUGUACUUUUAAAAUGAUUAAACAUAUCAUGCUGUGACUUCUAAAAUGUCAACAAGCUUCUAAACUUGGGAGACAGGAAUGUAAUAAAAUAGAUAAUAGGAGAUUCAAUAGUUAAUAGAGGCCCUGAAGUGUGAGUGUAUACAGUAGCUGUAUAUUGGAAACUGUGCAAAUGAAGAUGGCUUAGUAUUGCAAACUGAGGAAGAAAAUUGUUUUUAAUUAGCACCUUCAUAAGAACUGCUGAUUAAUACUGUUUGGUUUGGUGAAAAGCUUUCAGCUGAGUAAUUUGUACAGCCAUUACAACAGUUUUGUUAGACCAGGACUCCUGUUGUUAAACACAAACAGCAGAUGAUAAUGGUGGAAGAUGAGUUUGUCAUGUAACAAUUUACCUUAUUGAAAAAAGCUUUAUAUAAAACCCAAUACAGUAGGUACCAGCAGAAAUCACAUAUUUAAAAUCCUUUCAAGAUUGCAGUGUGCGAUGCUGGUGUGUUUUUUCAUGGACUAGAAACAGAUUUUAUAUCAUUUAUAAAAUUAUAUAUACAAUUUAAAGGUGUUGUAGCAUGGACAGACCACUUUACUGGUAAUGCUUUACAUCAGGACAGUAAAGUGCUGGUAUAUUCAAACACUUCCUAAGUAUAUAAAGUAGGUCUAAAAAUUGAAAGGUAAUUAAGUAGUAUUGUUCACAUGCAAAUGUAUGUUUGUGCAUUAUGCACUGAAAUUACGUCUGCUGUUUGUGCAAUGUCUAGCAUUUAUACCUAAGGUUUUAAGGAGAUUUCUCCCAGGUUAGCUACUGUUUGCUGCUUUUGCUUCCUGUUCUUUUCAACUAACAACAAAAAAUUAAAACCCGUUAUCCAUGUCUCCGUAAUGCAGGAGCAUAUGUGUUUUAGUGGCCCAGAUAGGAAAUUUAGUGCAAUCUAUAGAAACAGAGGGAUUUUAUUAAACGUGGCAACAAUGAAGGAAUAUCUGAACUAAAUUAUGACGCUAACCAAGGAUGGUAAGAUCUGUAAAUUAUUGGAGUGCUAUAAUAGAACAUGAGAGUUUUCCUUUAGACAGGCCUUCGGGGUAAUAACAAGGGUUGAGACUCACGACAGUGCCAAAUAAGCUUUAGACAGCAUAAUAGUCUGCAAAGAAAAGCCACAGAGCACUAAUGUAAAAGAAGAGCUGUCCACCACAUGCAGUAAAAAUCACCAAAGGUCAUUUUAUGGUAGCAAUUGUGACAUAAAAUUGGUGGUCAUGCUACAUGUCUAAUACUCAGCACAGCUUUAUAAAUGAUGGGCCCCUAGCGAUGGCUGUCAUUAAGUGCUUUCAUCAUAAUAAACUUUAAACUGUUGGCUUUAUGAAUCGCCAGCCAGCUUCAGCUGUUCGUUGGAUGGAGCUUGCAGUGCCUUAAGUGUGACAAGGCCUAUUAGGAACUGCAACCAUGUUUCAAGCGUACUUGGCUUUCCCACUCCUGGGGUGAUUGCUGCCUAUUAAAUGGCAUCUGGGAAGAUUUUCCUCCAGCAAUCUCUGAUCAAGAGCUUUUUUGGGCUUUGACCUGCAUUUCCUUCAAGACUUUCUCUGAGGAGUUUUAUAAGAGCAAAACUCCAGAGGAUUUAUAGCCACUUCUGAUUAAUACCUUUUCAGUUUUUCUAGCAACUCUCCCACUGCUACAUGGAGAAAAGCUUUCAUUGUUCCUAAGGUGCUUAUUUGUGACCUUUUCUCUGCUUUCUGAUUCCCUCUAACAUGUUCUCAGUGAAAUCCUUGGUGUGCAACCAAGACAGUUGCUGAAGUUGCUGAAGCUUUGUGUGGAGUGGCUUUGAUAGUUAAAAAAGAAAAUUAAUCUAGAAGGAACUCCUCCCAUUUCUAUUUCAACAGUGGUCUUGCAGCUCACGGUUAACAAUUAAAUGCCAAUGGUAGCGAUUUGCUGUCAUAAAUAGUGUACAUGCCAUUUAAGGUAGAGAAACUGCUAAUUCCUUAGGACUCCUGCUGAGAGGAAUGCUGCUACAUAAUUAUAACAAAUUUCUUCCUCAAACCAUGCCUCUCAAACCCCUGCACGGAGAAAUAACCUCUGCAGUCCGUUCACAGGCGAGGAAGUGAGCUCUGGCAUAGCACGGCCGCAUUCUUCCUUCCAGCAGCUUCCUUUCUUUGUAAGGAAAUUGCCUCAGUCCCGCAUUUGUUUGCAGCCCCUCACUAUGUCAAGGCGACAUACGCAGAGGAGCAAAACCUGAUGUGUGCCCAGCUUUGAAAAAGGUCACGCCAGCACCCAGAAAUGCACAGCCGUCUCACUGGCACAGCAAGUCUCGGUGGAGACCCCUCAUCGAGCAGACUGCCAAGAGCUGAACCUGCUCUCGACUUGGCACAGGCUCGAGGCACAGCCCCCAAGGUGGCACAUUCCUGGAGCACGGAGCAUGCCUGCAAUAACUGUACUGCUGAAAUAUAAAGUUUUGCAUAUAAAGAUUUCAUGAACUAGAUUAUAUUUUCAUCACCCUUAUGCAUAUGAAGUCUUUUAAUUUCUAUAAAUCUUACAGUGAGUUGGAAUUAAAUCGUAUUAGUGUGAAUAAUAAAUGUUUAGGGAUCACUCAUCUAAGAACUUGUAGUAUUUAAUUUACAAGGACUAUACAUUUUUCAAAUCUCUUAACACAGAACUUUAAGCACUUCUUGAGGUUUUUUUUUACAAAAGAGGAUCUGGAAAGCAAAAAUGCUCUAUUUUUCCCAGGAUCCUGAAUGAGUGACUUAGGAGGUAUUGUAAUUGCAAAAGCUCUCUGUGUGUAAGAACCUGGCUAAUACUCUUAUUAGCAUCUUUUUUAAUCCAGGUAACAUAAUAGUCAAAGUGUCAGAUGAAUGUCUCAGAGGUGGACUAUUAAAAAAUAAAUUGCAAAACCUUUGAGAGAUUAGCAUUUGAAUCCAUCCAGGAGCUCCUUCAGUUCUUGGGUGUGGAUCAGAGUCCUUAAAGCUAAGUUGCUAUCACAAACCACAUCAGCCUCCAAGUUACUCUGAAUGAGAAGACAGCAGCCACAGUUAUUAGACUUAGCCC